UGAGCGAUGAGGGAGGGACCUUUUGGUAAAUGGUAUGAUUUCCAAUACUGUCCAAACAAUCUUGUGAUUGUUGGAUUCCGUUUGAAGUCUGAGCGGCAGAGUAAUGCGGUUGAUGACGCUGGUGCACUCAAUAUUGCUGUGUUCUGCGGAACUCCAAACCACCGUGGCCACAUUGUCACUCUGGAAGGAGAAGUCAACAUUAAAAGUGGAAAGUGGACAGCUGACCAAUUCUGCCCGUCAAACUUUGCCGUUUGCGGAAUCCGAACUCAAAUCGAGAAAGACCAGGAAGAAGGAGAUGAUACUGGAUUAAACAAUGUUCAGAUGAACUGCUGCCCUGUCGAUUAG